AUGGAGGACCACAUGACCAAAGCCAACAUGUUUUCUUCUGACAACUCCAGUGACUUCACAGAUCGAACAGAAGAAGAAACUGGUUCAGUCCCAGGUAAAGGGCUUGGGCACGGCCUGCUCUGUAAAGUGUGUUCUGAUUCAAGCAGCGGUAAACAUUAUGGAAUCUAUGCCUGCAACGGCUGCAGCGGCUUCUUCAAGCGCAGCGUGAGACGAAGACUCAUCUACAGGUGUCAGGCUGGAACUGGCAGGUGUCCUGUUGACAAGGCUCAUCGGAACCAGUGCCAAGCGUGUCGACUUAAGAAGUGUCUCCAAGCUGGCAUGAACAAAGACGGUGAGAAAAUGUAUUUAACUUUGCCUUCGGCAGCCGUGCAGAAUGAGCGGCAGCCACGCAGCACGGCGCAUGUCAGCCUCGACUCUAUAUGUGUGGACACUAAGAAGGAGCACCUGGCCACCACACGGGAACUCACCUCCCCUGCCACCCACUCGUCAGUCAUCUGCAGGCCGCUGGUCACUUCCUCUGUCAGCACCCCUGCCGCCACACAGCCCUGCAGCAACCCCAGUAAUAACCACCGCUUUAUGGUCAGCCUGCUGACUGCAGAGACCUGUGCAAAGCUGGAGCCUGAGGAUGUGGAGGAGAAUAUUGACGUGACAACCAAUGAUUCGGAGAGAGAUCGGACUCCCUCUGACUACCGUAUGUCCCUGUACACCUCCAGCUGUUCAGAGAGUAUAUAUGAGAUGUCGGCACGACUCCUCUUCAUGUCCGUCAAGUGGGCAAAAAAUUUGCCUGUUUUUGCUCACUUGCCAUUUCGAGACCAGGUGAUUCUCCUUGAAGAAGCUUGGAGUGAGAUGUUCCUCUUGUGUGCCAUCCAGUGGUCCCUACCCAUGGGCAGCUGUCCUCUUCUUUCUCUGCCAGAUCUUCCUUCCACACAGCAGGCCAAGAUCAGUAUCCCCACAGGUGACCUGCGCAUCCUGGAAGAGGUCUUUAAUCGCUUCAAGGCCCUGGCUGUUGACCCCACUGAAUUUGCCUGCCUGAAAGCUAUUGUGCUGUUCAAACCAGAGACACGCAGCCUCAAAGACCCAGAGCAGGUGGAGAAUCUGCAGGACCAGUCGCAGGUGUUGCUAGGUCAGCACAUCCAUUCAGUGUACCCCAGCCAAAGUACCAGGUUUGGGAGACUGUUACUUCUCCUGCCAUCCCUCCACUUCAUCAGCUCUGCGAAAAUAGAGCAGCUGUACUUUCACCGGACCAUUGGCAGCACACCCAUGGAGAAGCUGCUGUGUGACAUGUUCAAAAACUAA